CUACCAUAGCACCCGUUUUUCGUGGCUUUUUUGUUAUCUCUACAGCAGAUCAAGAGGGAUCGCCAUCAUGACCGCGCUUGCUGACCUUCCGGCUGAGUUGUUAAGCCGAAUCGCCUUUCACCUCUUCGACACACACCCACAAUCCCACAAAUUCGAAGAUAAUGGCUUUCGCAGCUUUCGACUCAGCUGCCGUUGCCUUGAAUCAAAGACGAGGUACACUUUCGAGAGAGCAGCGUUCUCAACGAUGACUGUGACCCUGCAUGCAAAGUCAUUGUCUAGGCUGCGGGACGUGUCCCGCCAUGUGCUCUUUGGCAAGUUGAUCAAGAAGCUGGUCUUUAUCAAAGCGCAUCAUCCUGUGUUCGACGAAGAUAUCGCUCCUCUCGAGUUUGGACGUCCGCCUCGAAAACAUGAGCAUGCCGGAUAUGGCGUGAUUGAACUUCCAAAGCACGGUAUAGAUGGCGUGUACCCCAACGAAGGCCUGGUCCUUAAGAAGCGUGUGCGGCUUGGACUCCAAGACUGUCUUUCUACAAUCAUGGCUCAUGCAUCAGGAUUGAAGGAAGUGGUUGUAGAGCCCAAUUUUAUGGCUUCAUUCUGGCUAGACACGCCUUCUCGCCAAGAUCAAUUGAACGAGCGAGCCCAACGUAUUUAUCAGAUGACACUCGAGAGUAAUGCUCGCGACUACGAGCGAUAUGAAGAUGGCUACGAGUCUGAAGAGGCCGAGGAACCCGAUUCCGACUUCGACGUCAUGGAUGGCGACAACGAAGAUUACGACAGUGACGAGAUCAGCGAUCCAUACGACCUCGAAACCUACGUUGAUCCAGACUAUCUUCUAUAUUUGGUAGCGACAGCUGUGCAACGCAAUGGUCUACAGCUUUCGGCGUUAAGCUCCUUCAGUGUUGCAGCGUUUUGUAUACGCGCUCGCACUUUCGUAGAAAUUACUCCUGUUUUACAGAGUGUGCAGCAUGUAAGUAUCAGCAUCAAUGCAAGCAACGUUCUCAAGUUGAGACGCAAGAACGGUUCUGCCUUGCAUGCUCACGAAAACGGCGAACCCACAGCAAAAUCCCUCGGCCAUGCUCUCAGCACACUGCGAGAUUUACAAAGUCUAACCCUGGCAUUCGACAACUAUCACUGGGAGGAUGAUCGAGUAACCAACAUCUCAAAAAGCCUUCGUGGCUUCGGUGAUAAACCUUUCCGCCAACUUUCCAGUGUUAACCUCAGUCUUGCAUGUUUCGAAGGACGAGGGCUCCUUGACUUUCUCCGAGGAAGUACAUCAACGCUCCAACAACUGUUCCUGCGACGAAUCAUUCUGGCUACCACUCAUCACUGGCGACCAAUUCUAAGAAUGAUGGUAGAUGACAUGCCAAAACUUACGAAAGUACGAUGCGAAGAGCUCACGGGUGGAGAGGGCUUUGGUGAUACGUCGCUACUGGAAAACUGCGUUGAUGGGUGGAAAGGCUGCUGCAUCAUGGACUGCUCUGAACGACAAGAUGUCUUGAUUGGAGUAAAACAGGCUCUGGAGAAUUUCCCUCAUGCCUUUGCACAAUCCAGUGAUGUUACUCUCCCAGCGUUGCCAACGACCACCAAUAUAUAGGUUCACUUCCUAGGUUCGACACGAUUCCAUCAAUCUCAUGGUCACAAAUUGGAAACAUUGGACUCGUUUGAAUGUCAAAAGACAUAUAUCGGGAAUGAGCGACGAUCAGAUCUCGAUGUGACUAGGCAGUGAUUGUCCAUACUUCUUACCAAAUUUAACAACCUCCUCAGUUGAGAAAAGCAUUUCAAGCCCAUUGUCGGUACUUGAUCUGUUGAUGGUUCUCGUUCUCUGCGUGAUGCUCGACCGGCCCGCCAGUUUGGC